GCACUUUGGUGCCUAUAAAUUGGAGCAUCUAUAGCCUGGAAGGCUGACCGAAUGAGCACUUUUCCAUACACUCUGCAGGCCAUUCCACUUCAUCUGCUUCUCACCAUGACUAAAUUAUACACCAUUGCCAAGAGUUCCUGGGGCCAUGCCUCCAACAUCUACUGCGGAACAUGCAAAGCCGAUCAACUGCAGAAAAACGAUCUCAAACUUGCCUAUACCAUCGAGUACAAGAGCGAUGCUGUAGUGCUCGACACCGUCACAAGUAACUGCGCCAACGGUGACGACAUGACUGCCGUGAUCAACAGCGACGGAACUCCCACCGCCGAAAUCUUCACCAAGGAGGGUGGCGAGUACAAAGCCAAGCGCCGGUUCGCCAGCAUGGCGUGGAAGUUCAUUGGUGACGGCGGCAUCAAGUAUAAAUGGCACGUCUUUCAACAAGGCAAGGCAGUGGGAAUUCCGCGACACACGCACCCACAUCGUCGCUAUAUUCACAAACAACGGCCCAUUCAGCGAUAUCCAGGGCGAGCUCAAUGUCCUUGAGGACAUCAGUGAGUCUACUCUGCGUCUCAUGCUGCUGACAUGGUGCCUGGUCAGAAAAACCCUUGACGACGAG